UGGGCCCUUGGUAUCCUAUGCACGAUCAUGUAAAGUUAAAUGGAGUUAAAGAGGGUCAAGCUAGGUUAAACUGGGAGUCCUUUAUACUUGCAUUGUUUACACUACUAAAAUGGACAAAAAAGUGGCAUAAUUAGGAUUUUAAUAUACAAUCUUGAUUAAUCAUAUCGAGUUUCAAAGAUGUUACAUUUCGGAAAACUGCUCCCCAAGACACUUCUCAAUGUGGUUUUAGCUUUAAUAUUUAUACUAUUUUUCUGUGAAUAUCUUAUAUAUUAUAUAGUACUUGUACAGUGCCAAUGGCCUGCUUUAAACCCUCAAAAAGAAGACCUCACUCUACAUACAGAAGCAACGGACAGGCCUAUCAAAGCAAUGUUUAUUGCGGAUACUCAUUUAUUAGGUCCCAGAGAGGGACAUUGGUUUGAUAAGUUACGAAGAGAAUGGCAAAUGUACAGAGUAUUUCAAACUAUGAUGACGAUACACAAACCAGAGGUGGUUUUCGUGUUAGGUGAUGUCUUUGAUGAGGGACAAUGGUGCAGUUCCACAGAAUUCGAAAAUUAUAUACGAAGAUUUCAUUCCCUGUUUUAUGUACCCAAGGACACACGUCUCUAUAUCGUCGCUGGGAAUCACGAUAUGGGAUUUCAUUAUGCAAUCACGCCGUAUCGUAAUCAGCGUUUCAUUAACGGUUUGAAGAGUCCAAGUGUGCGGCGACUGAGUAUAAGGGACAAUCAUUUCGUGCUGAUUAAUAGUAUGGCGUUGGAAGGAGAUGGCUGUUUCCUGUGCCGACCGACCGAGAUCGCGGUGAAUAAAAUAGCCAAAGAUCUGAAAUGUGCGAGAAAGAUGAGCAAUGAUUGUCGCAAUGCGAGCGCAAUAUCCAGAUAUAGUAGACCUAUAUUGUUGCAACAUUAUCCGAUGUAUCGAGAAUCGGACGAGAUCUGUAAUGAAUUGGAUCAGGCCCCCGACGAGAUAAAGGCCAUAAAGUUUCGGGAGCGGUGGGAAUGUUUGUCGAAGGAAGCCUCGGAACAACUUCUAGAUAUCUUCAAUCCGCGCCUGAUCGUCGCCGGACACACCCAUCACGGCUGCAGAAAAAUACAUCGAGAUGACGUUCUGGAAUUCACGAUCCCGUCCUUCAGCUGGCGCAAUAAGGUCAAUCCGUCUCUUCUGAUGGCUAUCGACGAGAUGGAGCAGAGGGAUCUCCCACAGGCGUUUCGCCUGCUGGGAGAGAUGAACGCCAAUGUUCUGCAGGUGAACCAGCUCGUGGACAACAUGCUGGUGCGCGUGAAGAACGGCGAGAUCUCGACGGACAAGGGCCUGAGUUUUCUCGAGAUGAAGUAUCACAUGUUACUCUCCUAUCUCAUCAAUCUCACCUACGUAGUAUUGAGAAAAUGUUCCGGCGAGCGUAUCGAAGGUGAUCCGUCGAUUGAUCGUCUGAUCGAGAUCAGGACUGUCCUAGAGAAAAUCCGACCAAUAGAUCACAAGCUCAAGUACCAAAUAGAUAAGCUCGUCAAGACUGCAGUGACCGGUACCAUCAACAGCGACGACCCCAGUAACUUCAGAGCGAAUCCCGACGCGCUGGUCGCCAAGCUCGAUAGUGAAGACUCCGACAGUGAUCAGGAGGAGGAGACAGACGGCUUCAAACCAACAACGCAGCAGUCUAGGAAGUCUAACGUUUAUGUGCCGCCGAAACUUGCUGCGGUGCAUUAUGAUGGUGAUGAAACAAUGGCGGAGAAGAUUCGCAAAGCCAGUGAAAGAGCUCGUAGACGUGCUGUAUCGAACACAGUUUUGCGAGAGUUGAAGGAGGAAUAUCUGGACGCACCUGUGGAAGACAGCCAGGGUCUGGGCGAGAAGCGGGCGAUUUUGGUACGCGAGGACAAACGGAAGAUCGAAUACGAAGAGAAUUAUAUGACGCGCUUACCCGUCACCAAGCAGGAGAAGCACAGACGUCGUCAGAUGACGACUCUGGGCACUCUCGGCGAUGAGAUCACCACUUUCGGCGAGUCAUCCGCCAAGUCCGCCAAGAAGAGAAAAGCUCAAAGGAAGGGCAAAGCUAAAAAGAAAAAAGCGGCAUCAUUAAGAAACGACUUCGGGACUUUGGCGAAACCUGGAGUUUCAUAUAGCAUUAACGAUUAAGGUAAAAGGCAAAAAAUAAAUUUAUUCGACUUUUUCUUCGAAACAAAAAGCAGAUGCCAUUAAUACUCGUUACUAAGUUAAGCUAAAAAUAACGUCGUAACGUCUAGUAAUUUAAAAAAAAAGGGCAACAUGUCGACAGUGGAGUAAAAAUAGCACGAUGGUAAUUUAUUACUGUAUAAGACAUACUAAUGGUCGUGUAAUUGAUAAUUCUAGUUAAUAAUGAUUUUAAUCUUUAACUGUUGUCUGAGAGAGAUCAAUUUUGAUCUGUGGAGUUGAGAGAUGAGAUCCAUCGCAAAAAGAACGGUAUUAUACUCGAGCGCGUGAACGUGGCGAGUGAAACGACGUCAAACACAAUGGCACAUACGAGCUUAAUGGAAAUUAUGUGUCGUAAUAGGGUAAUAUUGUAAUGUUGGAUCGAGUAGCGGACUAACGGCUCCAAGAUUGAAAAU